AUGAACCACCGGGACGAGGCAGUAUACCGACUGUCACCCAGCGAUCAGCCCUGUACCGCCGCCGAACUUUUGCGGCAAAAACGCAAGGCCGGUAAGGCAAAGCCCGAACCAUCCGUGAAAGUAAUUUCGCAGCCGCCGGACGAUAUUGACGAAGAAAUUCGCCGUUUGGAAGCCGAGCUCGCGAACGAGAGCGACGAGGACGAGCACGAUUCCUCCGACGUGGAAACCAACAGCGAGACUGAGGACGACAGCCGAGGAACAGUCUUGUGCUUGUCAUCGGUUCAAAAAGAUCGGAUCGAGCCGUUACCCAGUAAUCUACUCCCCAGUAACCGGAAGCGGUCACUCAAAGGAAUUGAUCGAGUCAACGCCAGCGAACGGGAUGAUGCAGACCAAUCGAACAAAAAGAAAUCCAAAUUGGUUUCUUCGGGCUUGGAAGCAGCCGUCAAGGAGGUUCUGGACGGCUACGUGCCGCGCUCGUCCGAACGUUUACCCUUUUACUGCCGUGUCUGUGCCCAACAAAUGUCGGACGAAGACAGCUUUACGGCCCACAAAGAGACCGAGUUUCACACGACGGCGGUGGAAAUGGAACGCAAACGAUCCUACUGUAAACUGUGUCGCAAGCAGUUGACGAGUCCAGCGCAACUGCAGGAGCACUUGUCAUCUCGCCCGCACCGGGAACGACUCGAUUGGGUCCGUCAAAAACAAGGCAACAGCGCGUCGUCGCAUGGUCGAGCAUCGGGACGAAAUGCAAGCCGAGGCCGGGGUGGAAGAGUUGAAAAUCGACAAUGGUCUUGA